CCCCGGGCGCCCGUCACUUCCUGCACGGUCCGGGGAAGGCCCUGCCGGGCGGCGGCGGCGGUAGCAACAGCGUGCGAGUUAUGGUCGCGCUGGAGAACCCCGAGUGCGGCCCGGAGGCGGCGGAGGGCACCGCGGGCGGGCGGCGGCUGCUGUUCAAGCGAUUCUCCUGCCUCAACCUCCUGCGUCACUGGAAUUACAGGCCCCUUCCCGGCUGUCUGCCUGCCCUAGCCAGCUCCCAGGUGAAGAGACUCUCGGCUUCCAGGCGGAAACAGCACUUCAUCAACCAGGCAGUGCGGAACUCAGACCUUGUGCCCAAGGCCAAGGGCCGGAAGAGCCUCCAGCGCCUGGAGAACACCCAGUACCUCCUGACCCUGCUGGAGACAGACGGGGGCCCACCUGGCCUGGACGAUGGGGACUUGGCACCCCCUGCAUCACCGGGCAUCUUUGCCGAGGCCUGCAGCAAUGCCACCUACAUGGAGAUCAGGCCAGAAUCCCCACCCCACCCCUGGAACCUUCGAGCUCCUGGAUUCAUCUGCCCAACACGUUUGGGAACCCUCCAUCGAUUGCGGGAACGUUUCACCUCAAUCCCCCCCAGCCCGAGACAGCUGGGCCCAUUCCGGCUCCCCGCUUCCCUGCGCUCAGCUCAGGGCCCAACACAAGCCCAUGAGUGGACAAAGGUCUGGAACGAUUUCAUGAACCGCUCCGGGGAGGAACAGGAGCGGGUUCUUCGCUACCUGGAGGAUGAGGGCAGGAGCAAGACGCGGAGGAGAGGCCCUGGCCGUGGAGAGGACCGCAGGAGAGGAGAGGCCAAGGCACAGAUGGGCGUGGUCUUCCUCGGGUGGGCGUGGUCUGGCAGGUGGGCAGGGCCAGGACCAGCGGCCCAGGACUGCCCCAUUCCCCCACUCCUGCAGAGGACCCCGCCUAUACGCCCCGUGAGUGCUUCCAGCGCAUCAGCCGGCGUCUGCGAGCCGUCCUCAAGCGCAGCCGCAUCCCCAUGGAAACGCUGGAGACCUGGGAGGAGCGGCUGCUUCGGUUCUUCUCCGUGUCCCCCCAGGCCGUGUACACAGCCAUGCUGGACAACAGCUUUGAGAGGCUCCUGCUGCACGCCGUCUGCCAGUACAUGGACCUCAUCUCGGCCAGUAAGCGCCAGUGGCCCCCAAGACCCCAAGUUGGCCAGCAGCUCAACCUGGGAAGGUGCCGACCUGGAGGGGAAGCGGCAGAUGAAGGUCAGUAAUCGGCACCUGGAUUUCCUGCCUCCAGGGCUGCUCCUGUCCGCCUACCUGGAGCAGCACAGCUGAUGGUGGCUCCCCCGAGACCGCGCUGCCGCCUCGCCCAGCCACCAAGCCCUCCGAUACCUCCGGCUAAAAUAUCUUUCAGAUUUUUAGAAUGGGUCCUUGGAAACCUUUUCCGAUUGGGGUGGUCUCUCUCACUCUGCCCCCACCUCAUGCAGCUCUUGGCAGUCAGCAGACGCUGGCGGCUGGGGCUGCCCGUGCCAUCCCAGCUCCAAGCUUCCCGUUCCGGGACUUGUAUUUAGGGUGGAGAGACCUGAUCUGGGCAUGUUCCUGUUUCGUCAUCGUUUAGCUUUUCUGGCCCAGUCUGAAGCUCAAGUGAGGAGAGGGAGGCUGGGUUUUUAUCACUUUUAAUGAAUUUGGUGUGAUUUGUUGUAGAUUUUUAAAUUUCCCUUUUGGAGAGAAAAACCAAAAGACUCGCCCCACUGGUAAAGCAUGGGUCUUGGUCCAAGCCCCUGCUCAGCCCCUCCCAGUUUUUAGCUUGAAUGAGGGUGGGGUCUCUGGGACCCUGCCCCUCAUGCCAGAAGCAUCUUGUGUUGUGUGUGUGCGCGCGCACGUAUGCCCUGAGACCCAGGACAGAAGCUGCAGUCCUAAGAGCUGGUUUUAUCCUUGUCAUUCUGCGUGCCCUCCCCCACACCGCCUAUGUCAGGGCUCAGGGUUGCCUACUUUAUACGAGCCUCCCUCCUUUCCUCCCUUCCUUCAUACUGGGGGUCCAGGACUUCCAGCCAGAAGCCUCUGCCCUUGCACUACUUUGUCUGUCCCCCCGUCCCGUGUCUCCCCGUCCCACAGCCUGGCACCUGCCUGAUAGCUCCUGUGUCCCCAUGCUGGUCCUCCUGGCCCAGGCUGCAGGAGCCAGGCUGGGGAGGCCUCCUACCCCCUCGCUGCGUGUGGGUAAUUGUGUUUUGGGGGAAAGUGGAGAAUUUAAUAAAUUUCUGGUGCUCUGGC